AUGGAUGUGUUUAGUCUUGGCCAGGGCAACAACACCACAACGUCCCAGGAGCCCUUUGGGACUGGCGGCAACGUUACUGGCAUCUCCGACGUGACCUUCAGCUACCAAGUGGUCACCUCUCUGUUGCUGGGUACGCUCAUUUUCUGCGCGGUGCUCGGUAAUGCCUGCGUGGUUGCUGCCAUCGCCCUGGAGCGCUCCCUCCAGAAUGUGGCCAACUAUCUCAUCGGCUCCUUGGCGGUCACCGAUCUCAUGGUGUCAGUGCUGGUGCUGCCCAUGGCUGCUCUGUACCAGGUGCUCAACAAGUGGACCCUGGGCCAGGUCACCUGCGACCUGUUUAUCGCCCUGGAUGUGCUGUGCUGCACCUCGUCCAUCCUGCACCUGUGCGCCAUCGCGCUAGACAGGUACUGGGCGAUCACCGACCCCAUAGACUACGUUAACAAGAGGACGCCCCGGCGCGCCGCUGCGCUGAUCUCGCUCACUUGGCUCAUUGGCUUUCUCAUCUCCAUCCCGCCCAUGCUGGGCUGGCGCACCCCGGAAGACCGCUCGAACCCCGACGCGUGCACCAUCAGCAAGGACCAUGGCUACACCAUCUACUCCACUUUCGGCGCUUUCUAUAUCCCGCUGCUGCUCAUGCUGGUUCUCUACGGGCGCAUCUUCAGAGCCGCGCGCUUCCGAAUCCGCAAGACCGUCAAGAAGGUGGAAAAGAAGGGAGCAGGCACCAGCUUCGGAACAUCGUCGGCCCCGCCCCCCAAGAAGAGCCUGAAUGGACAGCCAGGUAGUGGGGACUGCAGGCGCAGUGCUGAGAAUAGGGCGGUGGGGACUCCGUGCGCUAAUGGGGCGGUGAGACAGGGUGACGACGACGCCACCCUGGAGGUGAUCGAGGUGCACCGAGUGGGCAACUCCAAAGGGCACCUUCCUCUGCCCAGCGAGUCAGGAGCUACCUCCUAUGCCUCCGCCUGUUUGGAGAGAAAAAAUGAGCGCAAUGCCGAGGCAAAGCGCAAGAUGGCCUUGGCCCGUGAGAGGAAGACAGUGAAGACUCUGGGCAUCAUCAUGGGCACCUUCAUCCUCUGCUGGCUGCCCUUUUUCAUUGUGGCCCUAGUCCUGCCUUUCUGUGAGAGCAGUUGCCACAUGCCUGAGUUGUUGGGUGCCAUAAUUAACUGGCUAGGCUAUUCCAACUCUCUGCUCAAUCCAGUUAUUUAUGCUUAUUUCAACAAAGACUUCCAAAACGCUUUUAAGAAGAUCAUCAAGUGCAAGUUCUGCCGCCGAUGA